AAUACAUUUACAGAUAUGUCCUAUAGUUUUAGAGUAUCAGUUCCAGCCAUAUCCAUUAUUAUUCCUGAAACGCUAAAAGCUAUUUAUUACAAUUUAAAAGACGUUUAUUUAAAGGGGUGCACAACAACUGAAGAAUGGCUGGAUGUGGCUACAGAAUUUAAUAAUAAAUGGAAUUUCCCUAUGUGCCUUGGAGCGAUAGACGGUAAGCACAUUGCAAUAAGGGCAAAGAAGUCUGAUGGAUCCUUUUAUUAUAAUUAUAAAGGAUUUAAUAGCAUCAUUCUCAUGGCUUUUGUGGAUGCUGAUUAUAAAUUUAUAUUUGUUGAUGUCGGGUCAAAUGGAAGAGCAAAUGACGCUUCAGUUUUUAAUCAAUCUGAGAUAGGAAUUGCAAUUCGCAAUGAAGCUCUCAAUUUUCCAGAAAAUCAAGAGUUACCUGGUUCAGACGUUAAGGUUCCCUUUGUAUUUGUUGCUGACGAAGCUUUUCGACUUUCAACUAGAAUUUUAAAGCCAUAUUCACAAAGAAAUGAACAUGAAAAUAAAAUAUUUAAUUACAGACUUUCCCGGGCAAGAAGGGUAUCCGAAAAUUGUUUUGGUCAACUAGUCAAUCGGUUCCAAAUUCUUCUAAAAGAAAUCACUUUAGAUGUUGAAAAAGCAGAACUUAUUACUUUAACCUGUUGUGUUCUACAUAAUUUUUUAAAAAUAGAAAACCACAAUGACGACUCUUUUCAAUGUACUCAAAGAAAUGCAACCUUAACAACUAUUGAACAUAGCCCGGGCCACAGAUCUUCUAAUGAUGCAUCUGCAGUCAGAGAUAUUUUCAGAACAUACUUUAAUAAUGAGGGACAAGUUUCCUGGCAAGCAGAGGCUGUAACAAAAUUUAACUUUUAAAACAAAUAUAUAUGUACUUUUAAAACAAACAGUAUUUUAUUAUGUGUUAUUAUGUAUACAUACAUAUUACUAUAAAAAUAAAAUGUAGAACUAACUAUUUUAAUUGCUAUGUUCAAUUAUUAGCGUCAUAAUUUUUUUAAUCAGUGUUUUUCUUUCUUGAGCGUUUUCAAUAGACAAUAAAUGUUCUCUAACGAAAUUUGAAAAGCUUUCAAUAUAUGGAUCAAUUUGCUUUUUAUUUGCUAGCGUUUUAAGUGCUUCUGUUGCUGCCUUUAAAGCAUCAUCUUCUUCACUUAAUUCAACUGUUUGGCGUUUUGUUUCAUGAACAGUUGAAUCUAAUGAAAUCUUCUUUGGUGGUGAGGAAUCUUCAUCGGAAAUUAUUUGGCUCUGAAAAUAUUAUAAUUUUUAUUAAUAGAAACUCUGCAAUUAAUUCAUUAAUUUCUAUUAUUCGUAUUGUUGUAUGAUGUUGCCCAAAAUAUAUUGCGUUUAGUGGUGUCCGCUCGUGCGAUGAAUAUAUUAAAAAAGAAGUAAACGAAUUAUUAAAUAUUUCGGAUUCGAGAACAGUAAUCAUAAAAUAAAACAAGUAAGAGUGCUAUAUUCGGCUAUGCCGAAUCUUAAA